AUGACAAAACUUAGAAUAUUUCUUUCCAUAUUAUCUAUAUACUUUAUCACACUUACUUCACUUGCAUACGCAUUUCCUUGGCCAAACCCUCAAGAAAUAACAGACACAACUCCUACACCAACUUCAACUUCUACGGCAUCUACAAAUGUAACCGAAACACCUGUAACAACGUCAACAACAGCUCAACCAUCUGCUACACUUAUAGCUAUAAUAGUUGGAAUCGCAAUAGGAGCAAUAUUUAUAUUAUGCACUUGUUUGUAUAGACGGCGCCGUCAAAGGAUAUUACCUAGCCUGGCGCAAACGCCAAGAACUAUGAUUGGCCGACCUGGAGCUUCCUAUGAAUCAGCCAAACGACUGGAAGCGUCAAGCUUGGAAUUUAGAAAUAGAUCUUGGGAUGAACCUAUGUCAAAUAUUUAUAAAUCUGCAGAAACGCAUACUGGUAGUGGUGCGGAUGGUUCGGAGGUUAAAACGGGUGAUACUCCGAACAAAUAG